AUGCGAUAUAGGGUGAACGUUCCUGGCGAUGCCACUCUUGCUCCCUCCGCUGCCGACCUCCUCCUUCUGCUCUGGAGCCUACUCCUCGUUCCCGUGCUCCUCGUCCUCCCCCCGCACCUUUCCGUGUCGGGCUCGCUCCCUUUCAUCCCUCCUCUUGUACCUUUGCCCUCCUCCUUCCCGCGCAACAGGGAAAGCCUGCUCGUCGUUGGCGAUGUCGCGCUUUCCGCCGCCCCGCGGAGUGGGGAACUCCUCCUUGUCGGCCGCGUCACGCCUUCCGCCGCCCCGCGCAGUGGGCGAUCCGUCGUCGUCGGCGUUUUCACACCUUCCGCCGCCCCGCGUAGUGGGCGAUCCGUCGUCGUCGGUGUUUUCACGCCUUCCGCCGCCCCGCGCAGUGGGCGAUACGUCGUCGUCAGCGUUUUCACGCCUUCCGCCGGCCCGCGCAGUGGGCGAUCCGUCGUCGUCGGCGUUUUCACGCCUUUCGCCGCCCCGCGCAGUGGGCGAUCCGUCGUCGUCGGCGUUUUCACGCCUUCCGCCGCCCCGCACAGUGGGCGAUCCGUCGUCGUCGGCGUUUUCACGCCUUCCGCCGCCCCGCGCAGUGGGCGAUCCGUCGUCGUCGGCGUUUUCACGCCUUCCGCCGCCCCGCGCAGUGGGCGAUCCGUCGUCGUCGGCGUUUUCGCGCCUUCCGCCGCCCCGCGCAGUGGGCAAUCCGUCGUCGUCAGCGUUGUCACGCCUUCCACCCGUCCCGCGUUGGCCUUCUGCCAGGUUCCACGGGUUGCUGAUCGUCGGCCGCCUCCACGGCUCUGA